UUAAACUCUUUGGCUUGACGCGACUGUUAGCAUUUUUGUGGAACAUUGGUUCGAAGUGGCAUGGAAGUGAUAGUUUAAUAGGCAGUAUUAUUUAUUUACUUUAUUUUAUUUAGCAUGCGGUAACUAGUUGCUGCUGGUUAGUUGUAGGGGACUGUAAAACUACUCUGGUGAUUGUACACGCUAGAUAAGAGAAACAAAAAUCCAUCCUUGUUUAAGAAGUAUGGCGACAGGAGGCGCUUCUGGAGCCGCUCAUGUCGGUGAUGUUGAAGAGGACGCAUCACAGCUUAAUUUUCCUAAAGAAUUCGAGAAUGCGGAGACGCUGCUGAAUUCGGAGGUCCACAUGCUUCUAGAACAUCGGAAGCAACAGAAUGAGAGCGCAGAAGACGAGCAGGAGCUGUCAGAGGUGUUCAUGAAAACGCUGAACUACACAGCUCGCUUCAGCCGGUUCAAGAACAGAGAAACUAUCGCAAGCGUUCGCAGCCUGCUUCUGCAGAAGAAGCUCCACAAAUUCGAACUUGCCAGUCUGGCCAAUCUGUGUCCAGAGGCUGCAGAAGAGGCCAAGGCUCUCACCCCCAGUUUGGAGGGACGGUUCGAGGAUGAAGAGCUGCAGCAGAUUCUUGAUGACAUCCAGACCAAGAGAAGUUUCCAGUAUUGAGAAGCUGACACAGUUUUGCCCUCUGAUCUGAAAAAGCCUACUUUUCAGAUCAGGGGGCUUCAUGAGCUUUUAUAUACCACAUGGGCACUUGGCGUUCAGAUGAUUUUUUUGGAUGACACAUGAAACCAGACCAUGUGUGGACAUUUAAGUUAUGCAUUCCUGUACAGAACAAAUACAUCUGUGAUAAGUGAUAACUUGAUUUUAUUUUUCUGUCACCCCAUUGUUGGAAUAAACACCAGUAGAAAUAGUUGUUGCUAAUAACAAUAAAACCCUUGUUUGGUUUAAUCAUGCAGUAUUUGCAAUUCUGAAGGGUAACGGAAUUGUCUUUCAGUUGUCUACUACACACAAUUUACAAUACUGCUUCGUCACCCAUUGUGAAAUAGU